UAGUUUUCUCCGCCUUUCUUGGAGGACAGAGCAACUGAACAACAGAACAAGUGUACGUUGCUCGAUCCAACCAACGCACAACCACUUUUUAAAGGCUUUCCCUUUCCUUUAUUAAUAUAGACCUUGAAUGCCUCUCCUAAUUCUUCACCACUCCUUUCCUUCUGCAUUUCUAUCAGCACACCAAAAACAACUCUGCUCCUUUACUCCGGAGAGUCUCUGACCUAUUAUUUUUAGAUCCAUCCAAUGGCAGCUCUUGCACCUACCUCUCUUUCAAAGGACCCUUUAUCAAAUGGAGCAUUAACGCGGAUCUUUGGUUCCAGGGUCAAAAGUCUGGAAAUUCAGCAGACCCAGUUGAGACUGUGGACUUGUUUCAGGAGCAACUCAGGUGUGAAAUUGAAAGCUUCAGCAGAGCCUCCAGCACUGACACGGGAGCCUAAAAGUGACAAGCAGGAAAGCAUAAUGGAAAUGGGAAAUGGAUGUGAUUUGUUUAAUGAAAUGAAGAAUAAUUUCCUGAGUUUCAAAAAGCAUAAAUACAUGGAAAACUUGGAACACUUUCAAGCACUUUCCAAGGCUCAAGCUCCUAAAUUUAUGGUAAUUGCAUGUGCAGACUCUAGGGUAUGUCCCUCAAACAUCUUGGGAUUUCAACCAGGAGAAGCCUUCAUGGUUCGCAAUGUUGCGAAUAUGGUGCCCACAUAUGAGAGUGGGCCGUCGGAGACUAAUGCUGCACUUGAAUUUGCUGUAAAUUCGCUUGAAGUUGAAAACAUUUUAAUCAUUGGUCAUAGCUGCUGUGGUGGCAUUCGUGCACUCAUGAGUAUGCAAGAUGAAGUAGAUUCAAGCUUUAUCAGAAGUUGGGUCAUUGUCGGAAAGAACGCCAAGCUAAGUACAAAGGCUGCAGCUUCCAACCUCAGUUUUGACCAGCAAUGCACGCAUUGUGAGAAAGAAUCGAUUAACUGUUCACUGUUAAACCUGCUUACAUAUCCAUGGAUAGAAGAAAAAGUGAAGAAAGGGGAGCUUUCUCUGCAUGGUGGCUACUAUGACUUUGUUGACUGUACUUUCGAGAAAUGGACACUAGAUUACAAGGGAAGCGUUAUGGAGGGGAAAAACAGAGUUGUUGUGAAGAACCAAUCAUUUUGGUGCUAACUUUCUCCUUACGUCUUCUCUUUAUCAUUUGCUUCUGCAUUCUCGUUACUCUUUAAGAAUAUGCUUGAUUUUUAAAUGACAGCACAAUUGACAAUAAUGUUAUUCCUUGUAAUUUCAAGGAAUAACUACCAUGUUGAAUCUCAUGUAAUAAUGUGUUGCUUCUGUAUCCAUGUUUAAGGGGGAUCAUGCAAAGGAUGUAGGGGGCUUGGGGUUAGGAGAUUGAUAUUGUAUGCUAUAAUUUUGAAUUCUUUGAUGAUAUUGUAAACUUUUUUUGUCGAUAAUACUUUCCACAUUAGUAUUUUUUAUUUUUUAA